AGUAGCCCAACCAUAUCAGGCUUCGAGCUAUCUCUCUUCUCCUCUCUUUCACUUCUGUUUUUCUUAUUGUUUCGCUAUUUUGGUGAAGAAUAAUAGCGAAGAGGGGCUUCUGUCGAAUCUCUGUUUCUCUAGGGUUUGUUCGAAUCAAGAACUCUGGCGCGAGAUCCAGGUUUUUAGUUGGAUCUGGUGAAGGAUAAACCUCCUUAGUAGGGUUUUGUUGCACAUUGUAUUUCAGCGUCGAUGCACUAAUUUAGUUUCGAUUCGAUCUAGGGUUUUCACUUGGGGGUUUUUGCUCGAAGGAGCUUAGGUUGUUUCCUAGUAAGUAUUUAUUUUUGUUCUUUUCGGUGCUAUAAUUUCUUGAAUCAUUUUGAGGAUUUUUUUUAUUCCGUUGAAAGUUUCCGGGCGAUAGGGAAAGAUUAUUAUUUUUGGUGGGAAUAUCUGGUCUUAUUAUAGGUUUAGUCGAUUGUAUUUUAGGCUUUUGGGAGGGUUACUAUGCUUCAUUCAGUGAACUCGGGAUUCUCAGGCUUUUGUUAGAGCAACAUUUAGAGUUAUUUCGCCAUUGGAGAUGCUGAGUUUGUAUUAUCGACACCAUUAAAUUGUAGUUUUCAAUUUUUUUGUCCCUCCAUAUUAUUUUUAGGAGGGUUACAUAGUGCAUUGAGGCUUUUUGGUUAAACUCCAAAUACAUUGCAGGAAAAAAAAAAGGAUCAUUAUGUGGAAAGAAAAGGAACCGGUGCUGCUGUUGAGUUGAAAUUAUUGUUCUAUUUACCUCAUUCCUGAAAAUUCUAAAAAUUUUGAAAAAUGGAUCCUUUAGAGAAAUCAAAGCUAAUUAUGUUGUGAACCACAAGCUGAGCAUUUUCAUGAUAUUGCACCUUUUGGAUAUCCAGAUAUUUUGAAAGUGAAGCUGUGGAAUAAAAAUUAAUCGCGAAGUUGACAUGUGCAGUUAUUGGGACUUAAUCUUAUGGCACCAACUGUUCCUAUAGAGUUUAUUGGACAGAAGGAAUCAAGGAAGUGUUGGCUUUCACAACCAAUGGGGAAAUCAAGGAAAUACUCUAAAGGGCAUUCCUCUGGUUUUAUUCCAGAUUACCGGCAUGCUGUUGAGACUGUGGGUGAAUCAGAGGGGUUUGGAAGUUCUGGGCGAGUUGAAACUGAGUUGACAGCAUCAGAAGAUUCCUUUGCUCCCAAGAGAAAAUGUAUGAGUCUGAACCUAGAUGGUUAUGAUAGUUUUGGUGUCCCAAUGCAAGUCUUUUCAUUGUCAAAGAUGUCAAGGUCAGAGAGGAAGGAUUUAGAGUUUAGGUUGAAAGGGGAACUUGAUCGGGUCAGGGUCCUCCAAAGGAAAGUGGAUUUUUUGAGUUCAAAUGCAGUUGUAUUGUCGCCUUCUAGUGAUAUUAGAAGUUGCAGUGAUGGUCACAGGAGGCCUCCGCUAGAGGGCGUGAAUAAUUCUUUGGAAGUAUCAGCUUCACAGAGCAGGAAACGAGCUCCACCUGGACGUAAUGGAGCCCAAACAAAAAAGACUACGCAUAGGCGUCCUGAACCAGCAAAGCCAGGUGCACCAGUGAUUACUUCUAAUACUAUGUUGAUGAAACAGUGUGAAACCUUGCUUAACCGUCUAAUGGCACAUCAGUUUGGUUGGGUUUUCAAUACACCAGUUGAUGUGGUGAAGUUGAAUAUUCCAGAUUAUUUCACUGUCAUUAAAAAUCCAAUGGAUUUGGGCACAGUGAAGAGCAAGAUUGCUUCAGGUGCAUAUUCAAGUCCACUGGAUUUUGCUGCAGAUGUGCGAUUAACUUUCUCAAAUGCAAUGAAGUACAACCCCCCAGGCAAUGAUGUCCAUUUUAUGGCAGAGGCACUAAGUAAAUAUUUUGAAGUGAGAUGGAAAGCUAUAGAGAAGAAGCUUCUGGUGACCAUUAAUGUGGAGUCGAUGCCUCAGAGAACUCAUGUUGCUAUGGAAACAGAAAUAAAUAUUGGUACACGUCCUGCCAAAAAGAAGAAAAUUGCACCAAAUGACAAUAAGGUCAAGUCUGAACCUACUAGGCGGAUAAUGACUGACGAGGAGAAGCACAAGUUGAGCACUGAAUUGGAAGCAUUGCUAGGUGAAUUGCCUGAUAGCAUUAUUGACUUUCUAAAAGAGAAUAGUCAUAGUGCUGACCAGACAGGUGAAGAUGAAAUUGAGAUUGACAUUGAUGCUCUUAGUGAUGAUACACUGUUUAAAUUGCGGAAGCUCCUGGAUGAUUAUUUACUGGAGAAACGGAAAAACCAGGCCAAAGCAGAAGCAUGCGAAAUGGAGCUGCUUAAUGAGUCUGGAUUUAGCAAUUCAUCAUUGCAACCUUGCAAAGUUGAUGAAGAUGUAGAUAUUGUGGGUGGAAAUGAUCCUGCUAUUUCAAGUUACCCUGCAGUAGAGAUAGAAAAAGAUGCAGCCCAAAAGAGCAGUAAAUGCAGUAGUUCAAGUAGUUCUAGUAGUGAAUCUGGUUCGUCUUCUGGUGAUUCAGAUUCAGGUAGUUCAUCUGGCAGUGAAUCUGAUGCAGCUAAAGCUUCCAUUGCUUGUGCUCUGACCAAGGAAGUUGUGGGAUCUGGAGAAAAUUUAGACCAAAAGAGAAGUGGAGUGGAUGAUCCAGAAAUUGGAAAUAAGUCUGCAAAUGGAAUGGCCAAUAUAGAUCCAAGUUUGCGAGGUAAGCCAGUUACUGCUGAGACAGAUGGCCAGCAAGAGGGGGAGAGUGCUCCACCUGAGAGACAAGUCUCCCCGGAUAAGCUAUAUCGAGCAGCUUUAUUAAGGAACCGUUUUGCAGACACCAUACUAAGAGCUCGAGAAAAGGCACUUGAAAAGGGUGAAAAGUUGGAUCCUGAGAAAUUGCGGGUGGAGAGGGAGGAACUUGAGCGGCGGCAAAAAGAAGAAAAGGCUCGUAUGCAAGCUGAGGCUAAGGCUGCUGAAGAAGCUCGAAAGAAAGCUGAAGCUGAAGCAGCAAAUGAAGCAAGAAGGAAGAGGGAACUGGAAAGAGAAGCUGCACGUCAAGCAUUGCAACAGAUGGAAAAGACUGUUGAUAUUAAUGAGAACAGUCAGUUUAUGGAAGAUCUUGAAAUGCUAAGGACUGCACAUGAUGAAGAGUCACCGAGUUUCAUGGAGGAGACAAGCCCUGAUUUCAUGCUUCAAGGGAGUAUUAACCCACUGGAACAACUAGGACUAUACAUGAAGAAAGAUGAUGAGGAGGAAGAAGUUGAACCACCACAAAGUCUUCCGGUGCUGGAGAAAGAUGUUGAGGAAGGAGAAAUCGAUUGAUUUGAGGCUUUUGUAUAUAAUAUUAUUCAGUCAAUACAAGGAUUUUACAAAAUGGCUUUCCUGAAAGCUAUGGGUGUGCUGUGCAUUUAUGGUCUUCCAUCUCUUCCAUGGUUGAGUUUUCUUGGGAAGAUUAUGCUGUGACCUGGUCCCAACACACAACGGUUGCCGAAUCUUAUGAAAGUAAUGGAACUAAGGAGAAACACGAUCAGCAGUAUGGAUUCGCUGUGGAAAAGUGGUCAGAGUCUGGGAUAUGAUUAGCCAUGCGGGUGAUUGUUGUGGUGGGGGCUUAGGAAGGGGGGGAUUCGGAUUUUGCUUUGUGGUUUGUAAAAAAUGGAAAUGUUAGUUUGUAUGGAACGAUGCACUUUUUAUCUGGCAUCUUAGUAGAAGAGUAGAGGAGACGCAUUAAUUCUAUUUGGUGUUUGAGUCGGUGGAUCGGGAAGAAGGGUGUAAGUUGUAACGGCAAUUGUAGGCAGGAGAGUAAAUCUAGAAAUUGUAAUAUAGUCGAGAGUUGAGACACAAGGAAAAUGGCAUUCAUUUCAUUUUUUUUCUUUCGUUUUUCUUGUGCGAAAGCAUGUCUCCUUCCAGUUUAAUCUGUAGCGUCAAGAAACUGUAAAAUGGUACGGAGGUUCUUUA